AUGCACGGCGCGGUGUGGCGCCUACUGGCCUAUGCUAGCAAUCUGUUACAGAAAUUGGUCACAGCUGAGGAGAUACUACGAAUGACAAAGAACGCAACGCCACUCAAAACUAUCAGCUACGAUACGGUACUGGAUGCGGUAAAGAAGAUGGCUCAACAGUCACAAUCAUUCCUUGUAAGCUGCUUCUAUGAUUCCUAUGUGGGCGAAGGGAAACGAGAAACUGAAAACGAAAGUGACAGUUACAAGUGGGAAUACUAUGAUCGAGCCCAGAUGUACACAUCGCAAUGCGGUUACCAACAGUCAAAAAGGCGAGUGAUCAAUCCCAGGGAUUCGAUUGUAGUCCAUCGACGGGAGGGGAGCGACGGCAACCGAAAACCCAGGACGUUGUCAUUUCUUGAAUCGCCUUCACAGAAUCAAAUGCGCACUACACCACGAAUGCUCAAAAAAUCACGUGACUCAAUGGUGAUGGAUGAGAUGAUACCGCGCAACUACUUAUGA